AUGGGUUGCUGCCCCUCCGCCCCCAACCAACUGGAGGAUCCCAACUCCGGCGACGACGGCCAGCACAACGCCCCCAGCACCAAUGUCAACCCCACGCAUCAUCAGCAGUCGCAACCACCCGCCGGGAAAACAGCACCCAUCCCCCACUACACUCUCGCGGAGCUUAUGGAGGCGACGAAUGGAUUCUCCUUUGGGAACAUCAUCCCAGAAGGUGGCUCCGGUAGAGAAGGCGGCGCAAAAGUCCCGAACACCAUCUACAGGAGCCACCUUCGUGGCCUCCAGCAAAUCGCUGUCAAGAGGUUCUCCAGGGACGCCUGGCCUGAUGCUGAGCAUUUCAGGGAGGAGGCGAUUGCAGUGGGACGGUUGAGACAUCGGCGGCUUGUCAACUUGAUUGGGUACUGCUGCGAUGGGAAUGAGAGGCUUCUUGUGGCGGAGUUCAUGCCCAAUGAUACGCUUGCCAAGCAUCUCUUUAAAAAUCACAACAUGAAGUGGGCUAGGCGCUUGAGAGUUGCAAGCUAUGUAGCAGAAGCCUUGGAAUACUGCAGCAAUGAAGGACGAGCCGUGUAUCAUGAUCUGAAUUCAUAUAGAAUUCUCUUUGAUAAGGAUGGUAUUCCUUGUCUUUCCUGUUUCGGUCUUGUGAAAAAUAGCAGGGAUAGUAAAUGUUACAGCACUAACCUUGCUUACAAUCCUCCAGAGUUCUUAAACAAUGGAAGAAUCACUCCUGAAAGCGUGAUUUUCAGCUUUGGUACUGUGCUACUGGAUCUACUUACUGGAAAGCAAGUUCCACCAGGUCAGGCUCUAGACAUGAUGAGGGAUAAUGAUAUCCACACCUUUCUGGAUCCUCAUUUGAAGGGUAAAUAUCCCAUUGAAGAGGCAACUGCUUUGGUGCAACUUGCUUCUCAAUGUUUGCGUUAUGAGCCUAAGGCCCGGCCUACUAUAGCAGGUGUUUUUGCAACCCUUGUAGAAGUUCAAAGCAAAGCUUUGGCAAUGUGGAGGUCUGAGAAGCAAGAUAAAAACCCACCAAUGCUGAGGAGCAGUCCAAAGCCAAAUGAAACCCCACAAAUGCAGGGGACUCAGAAGCAAGAUAAAGCCCGGUUAAUUCGUCAACCGACUUCGUUUCCUAUGGCUGAAGCUGUUGUCAGAAUGGACCUCACAGCCAUUCAUCAGAUUCUGGUUUCGGCACAAUACAAUGAUGAUGAAGCAAAUGGGGAGGCAUCUUUUAGGGAGUGGACACAACAGGUGAGAGAUAUGCUGGAGAUCAGGAAGAGAGGAGACUCGGCCUUCAAUGAUAGAGUUAUUAAGACUGCCAUUGAGUGCUACUCUCAGUUUGUAGAUUUGGAAGAAACGACGUCACCUACUGUGUAUGUGAGGAGAAGCCUAUGCUAUCUAAUGUCUGAUCAACCUGACAACGCCCUUCAAGAUGCCAUGCUAGCACAGUGCAUUCAACCAGAUUGGCCUAUGGUAUUCUACAUGCAGGCAGUUGCCCUGCGCCAGCUGAAUAUGAACAGCGAUUCCGCAGACAUGUUAAAGGAAGCAACUACACUAGAAGAGCAAAGGCUGACGAAUACCAGACAAGGCACUUGACCGUUAUCCACACACAAGGUAUAUACAACAUCAUG